GGAGCAGGGGCCUGGGGGGGCCCGCUCGAGACAGCCUAGGACCUGAAGGGUAGGAUCCUGAAGUCCAGCUGCACCAGUGAACUCAGAAUGACAGGGGAGAAGUUGCCCUGGUUGCCAAGCAAUUUUCCUGCUCUGCAUGUUCAAUAAGAGGGAAUUAUGGAGGACAAACGCAACAUCCCGAUCAUCGAGUGGGAGCAUCUGGACAAGAAGAAGUUCUAUGUGUUCGGUGUCUGCAUGACCAUGAUGAUCCGGGUGAGCGUUUACCCCUUCACGCUCAUCCGAACACGGCUGCAGGUCCAGAAGGGCAAGAGCCACUACAAUGGGACCUUCGACGCCUUUGUGAAGAUAUUACGGGCGGAAGGGGCAGCUGGGCUGUACCGGGGCUUCUUGGUCAACACCUUCACCCUGAUUUCAGGCCAGUGCUACGUGACCACCUACGAGCUCACCCGCAAGUACGUCUCCAAGUACAACAACAGCAACGUCGUCAAGUCGCUGGUGGCUGGCGGCUCAGCCUCCCUGGUGGCGCAGAGCAUCACAGUGCCCAUAGAUGUCGUUUCCCAGCACCUCAUGAUGCAGCGCGAGGGGGAGAGCAUGGGCAGGUUCAAAGUGCGGUACCAAGACUGCAAACGUAACGUGGUCUUCGGCCAGACCAAGGACAUCCUUGUACAGAUCUUCAACGCGGACGGACUGAGAGGCUUCUACAGGGGCUACGUGGCCUCUCUGCUCACCUAUAUUCCCAACAGUGCGGUUUGGUGGCCUUUCUACCACUUCUAUGCAGAACAGCUCUCUUGCCUGACACCUAAAGACUGUCCACACCUCCUCCUCCAAGCUAUAUCUGGGCCACUCGCAGCUGCAACGGCUUCCACUCUGACCAACCCCAUGGACGUCAUCAGGGCUCGCGUGCAGGUGGAAGGCAAGAGCUCCAUCAUUCUCACUUUCAAGCAACUAAUGGCAGAGGAAGGCCCAUGGGGCCUCACUAAAGGCCUCUCCGCCCGUAUCAUAUCAGCCACCCCUUCCACCAUCGUCAUAGUGGUGGGGUAUGAAACGCUGAAGAAGUUGAGCCUCCGUCCAGAGCUUGUGGACUCUAGACAUUGGUAGCAAACAGCGAGUGACAGAGCGGCUUAUAAACCCUAUGGAUUCAGACCGUGGUUAAAAGCUCAGCGAAAGAGAGACCGCUGGGGUUCUCCUUGGUCUCCCUCAAUUACAGGAUUGUGUGGUUUCACAGCAGAGGACAGAAUCAAAAGCAGCUGCCGUCACCUCCUCAGGUCUGUUGCAACACAACGUUCUGCUGCUAUCUGUUUAGGGGAAAAAACAAACGCAUGGCAAAGCUUUUGACUAACAAUUCAUUCAAGGACGACCAGGUGUGUGUGUGUGAAACCUAACAAUUUCCUGAUCUCUCUUAAAUUAAAGACUAUCGGU